CUAUUUAGUUCCUCAUUUCUUUUGUGCAAAACACGUAAAUAUAAGGACAUCCCCAAUGGAGUAGAUUAUUGACCGUAGGGGUUUGUAUGCGCACAAACGACUUGUGUAUAUUAUUUAUGUAUACAGUAUUUACGUUUCUCUCACAAGGUAACUAACAAUAAAGCGUCCUGAUAUCUACAGACGUUUACGAUAAACGAUGGAAGGUAGUGUCGCUAUCUCUCGAAAGCAACUUGUAAUUCAGUUUAUAUGUAAAUGUAUUCGGCGCUGCCUGAUAUACUUUCAAGUGCAAUCCAGAGGAUUCGACUCCGUGCAUUGAUUACUGCCAUGAUCAUGUCAAACUCCCUCACCAAUGCAUCCUCACUUGUUUCCACGUCUCAACGUGGAACCAUACAUUUUCACGCCAAGCUAGCGAACUCAAUGCUUUCUUACACCCAGCAUGCUAGGAACAUACUAUACCACGAUAAAUAUUUGAGUAAGACUUUCUCACAAUCAUUGGGACCAGAUGUGUCGUUACUACCUAAUUCAAAUGGAUUACCGUUGCCAUUAAAUAAAAGAGAUACUAAACAUACACCAAAAUCUUAUUUUGAAUGUAUGAGAAUUGACAGAUCAGCUCCUGCAUCACAGAAUAAAUAUAAAGUUGAAUUGAUUGAAACAAAAUCUAAGAAUAUUAGCUCAAAGACAAAUCGUCGAAAAGAACUUCCACACAUACAGAAGGCGCUACAGGACGAUAAAUGUAAAAAGUUAUCUAAAAAUCCAAAUAAGCUUAGCACAGACAUUGACAAAGGCUAUGAUGUAGAAAACAUAAGUUCGCACAAAAAGUCUACUUUAACAAUCAACAUAUCCUUGCCACAAGCCGGUACAGAAACGCCCUCACCGCCGCCAACAGAACCAGAUGGGAUACACAUACCUAACGAAAACGCUAAUCAACCAAAAGGCCUAUUGCAAGAUCAAGGUGAAAUAAAAGGGAACAAACUUGAGACCCAGCACCACCCUGACGCAAAGCAUCACCGGCAGUAUUCUACCGACGUUGUUGAUAAUUUUCCGGAGGCUGUGCUACGUGUUAGUGAUUGUAUAGAAUGCUACUCGUGGCUGAAAGUACGUACACAUGCUAAAAGUUGCGAUGGAUUGCUUGAAGGAGAAUCAGUAGAAAACAAGGACGCUGAGAAAUUAAGAACAAUUAAGUGCGAGAAAAACAAAACCAAAAAGGUAACAGAAUCAUCAAACGAUCAUUUGCCAAUCAUCGCAAAUCUUUCAGAACCAGCAAAAGAAAAUAACACCACCAACAGUGAACAUCAAUCAAAGCUGACUCAUAUAACUCAGUUGAGCAAAUUAACCAAAGUGCCUUUAAUAGACAUGAACACAGGUCCCAUGUUAUCAAAUAGGAAAACUAGGCCUGAUGGCACUGUGCUGAAUCAAACUGAAGAAAACAUACCUCUACGAACAACUGAAACAUCAGUCUGCGUUCGACAAAAUGAACGACGGUAUCAGACUUCACAAUUUCAAUGGAAUUUGGAAAUCAAUAAUGAAAGUAGAAAAUGGGAAGAGUCAAACAACAAUCAUUCACCAUUAUCAACAAAAAUCAUGAACUACAGUAUGAACACUGAAGACGUCUUAAACAAUUUAAUGAAAAGGAGAACAGGUAGAGAGAAUUUGCAUACGGUAAAAGUUCACAACAUUUUAAACAUCAAUGGUGGGCGGCGAGGUGAAGCCAAGAAGACGACGACAAAGAUACAACUGCCGAUCAAAAGCAGUCUAAAGCAAUCUACAUCUAAAAAAUCAGAAAGAAAAACUGUCCGAUUUACAAAAAACAAUGUAUACAGAAAAAUGAUAGGCUAUACACCAAGUGUGCAGGUCCACACAUGAUUGAUAUCAUUACAUAUGUAACUCCAUAGGUCAGAAGUUUUGGGAUUAAACAAAGGAGGUAUAUUCUAUAUUUGAGUGGCGAUGCGGCUAGCAUUAUUUUUCCCCCGUACAGUUGCGGCCGAAAUUAUAGAGGGUGCUAUUUUAGGACAGUUUGGGGACCUGAUAUGCAUGAAUAUGCAUGCGGACUUCCCCUCGCGAAACAGAGUGUAUAUCGCGUUUUAUGCGUGGAUAUGAUGAACGCUAUGGAGGCAGUAGGCCAAAAUCUCUUAAAUAUAGGCCUUGGUAGUCAAGACAGUGUAAAAAUUGUAGUACUAGAUUAGACACAUUCUAUUUCUACAGCAUGGUCUUCGAAAGUAUAAAAAAACGGAGUAGGCUAAUAUUGAAUCUGGCACCGUAUUUGAGUAGGCUUAGGCCUACAGUUAGGCUUAUACAGUAUGACGUACUGUAUUGUAGCAAUUGUAUACUCCCUAUUAUUACUUAGUAGUACUGAUUCUGAAGGACGUUUACAAAUGCUCGGAAAUCACAAGUACUUCGGACACAGUUAACUUAAAAUUUUAAAAUUAAAAGUUGUUUUUUUUUUAUGAGAAAAAAAUAACUGCCUAUUAACAGACAGUGAGCGUUUCUGUAUUAUUUUUCAUGAUUCAAUAGUUGGUAUCAUUUAAGGAUUUUUGUAAAUCAAUAAAAGCUAUUUUUACUUCUAUCUGGUUUUGAUCGUUAUAUAUAUAAAGCUAUUCAAUAUUUAAUUGGGUAGACACAGCCUAAACAGUACGUCAUAUCAUGUGUAUAUAAUAUCGUAAAAUUAGUGU